AUGUAUAACGGAUGGUUACACUCCGUUCUGGUCACUGAUAUGAUCUGCUUUGCCGCCGAUGGGUGCAUCAUCUGGUCCAAGCAUAACUGCCCUGGAUCAUGGAACGAUUCCGACACCUCUUUGGGAUUUCGCAUGAAGCUACUAGACCCUGCUUACUGUCCGGACGAACGGAUGAACGUCGUGUCAGAUUCGGCGUUUCCCUGCUCCACGGCGAUGACUGGAAGGACAUUAACGCCGUUGAAGGACGGGGAUCUCGAAAGGAUUCAACCGGCGCUGCGAAGCUCCGCGCGCACACUGCACAACGCCAUCACUUCGGUAAGGCAGGCUGCGGAGUGGGGCAUGGGUAGCGUACAGAAGGUUUACAGUCGCUUGAACCUGCCGCUGCCCUACGACCCGAAGCUCCGCGGAUUGCGACUAAACAUUCUAUUUCGGAUGGCAAAUUACCGAGUUCGCACGGUGGGCAUUUCGGAAAUUCGAACGACGUUUACGGGCGCGAUGGAGAUUUCCCUGUUGCCCGGGAAGUGGAAGGUGUAUUUGAAGAACAUUGGCUAA